AUGCCUGACAACGCCGUGCCGUGUGCCGUGGGCGCCUGGCGCGAGAGCAUACACACCCUGGAGCAGCUCAUAGGAAGUACACAGGCAAGCGCGGAUUCCCAUAUCCGAGUAGCCCACGUCACGCCGCUGGUCUCGUGCACCUCACGCCUGCUCUUUGCACAUGUGCUGCGGCAGCUCGGCGACCACGGCGAUGCCUGCACGGAUGCCGGCACCUUUGUCAAGCGCCUCCGGUCCCUGGUGGCGCAGCGGACCAAGCUUCUGUUCGCCGUGUACGACGCAGAACGUACCCGCGAUGUAUGGCCAGAGCAUAUCUGGGAGAUGUGGCCCCUGCUGCCCGAGCUGGCCCGUUGUCAGGGACGCAUGAUGGUCGUCUACGUGUCCCUGCUGCCUUGGUCGGCCUUCCGGACCAUCUCCGGACAUACUAUCUCUGCGGCACCCAUCUGCCUUCGGAUCGCACGUCUCUCGCGGGACGAUAUGCUUGCCUUGCUCGAGUCCGAUGCGCCGGCCGCCUUGCAAGAUGUGCCUCCCGGCGUCGAUACCACAUUGUACAACAACGUAUGUGCUGUGCUCUAUGAUACCAUGAAAAUGAAUGUGCGCGAUGAGCAUGAGAUGCGCCUCCUGUGUAGGAGCGUAUGGCGCGCGCUUAUGGCGUACGUCCGCGAUGGCAUGCGGCCUAGCGUGCACGCUCUGAUGCCGGCCAUGGGCGAGCUGUGCCGUGACGCCCUAGCCAGAGUGGUAACCCGCACCACAGGUCCCGAUACGUGGGCCUCUGAAAAGAGCACCAAGGCCGCCCAAAAGGAACCCGCGGACCUUGACAUGAGAGCGCGCCAAGGCAUGCCGCCCCGAACCGGGUACGGCGCUCUACAGGCGUUCUUGCUGGUUUCGGCGUUUAUCGCCUCGUACAAUCACACCAAGACAGAUGUCAAGUACUUUGUGCAUGAACUGGGCACCUCGCGCAAGCGACGGCGCUCUGGCGCCCAGAAGGCAGCCGAUGCCGCUCUCCUCGAACUGGACGGCGAGACGGACAUUUGGAACCACCCGCAAUUUUGGGGGCCACGAACUUUCACGCUUGAGCGUCUCCUGGCCAUCUUCCAUGCAAUUAUGGCCGACUUCAAACAGGACAUGAAUGAAGAUGCGCUCCUGGUGCCAGCCGAGCGCGCCGAACGCGUCGGCGACAAGGCAGUGAUGCAUCUCGAGCAUGUCGCCGGCGAGUUUUGGAGCCGAUCGGCGACAGCCCUCGCUGAGCUCAACGAGCUCGUACGCAAGCAGAUGAUUGUGCGAAUGUCGCCCGCCAGCAAACUCAGCGCCAUGCAGUACCGCGUCAAUGUCCCGGUAGAGUAUGUGCGCCAAGUGGCGCAUGCGGUGGGCUUUCCCCUGACUCAGUACUUGUCGGAUACAUAUACCUAG